AUGUACACAUAUACGCAACGACAGAGAUUUGGGAUGCUUAAAUUUGUUGUUGAUGAUGAUGAUGAUGAUGAUGAUGAUGAUGAUGAUGAUGAUGAUGAUGAUGAUGAUGACAAGAACACUGACAACAAUGACAAUGAUGAGAAUGUGAAGCAUGCUAUUUCACCAGAGGAGGUGGAUAAUUCCUCAGCUGGUCCAGCGGUUCCUAAAUACAACACGGUCACCGAAACAGUUAUUACUUCAGUAAUAUUUCUAUUUUUCAUAAGGUUCUUCAGUUACUACCGCUGCUUUUCUACUGCUGCUGCCGCCGUCACCACCGCCGCCGCCCCGGUUGUUUAUGUAGCUAGAUUCCAAGAUGGCGAAUUUCCACCCAGGUACCAAAAGCAAAGUAAAGAAUUCCCGGAGCGAUUAUUGGACAGCUACUUUCCUCUUCUUACCCGAAGAUUCAGAUACGCCAUUGGUUUUAUUUUUAUUGGUACCAUAAUAUGGUGCGUUUAUGGAGGCUUGAAAUUGUCCAGCUCUAUAGACCAGGAUGCAGAGACUCCUAGUACUGUCUAUCUUUUCGCUUUCGGUAUCAUUGCUGUGUUUGCUGUCGAAAUAGCUUCUUUCAUCUUUACGUUCACGGCUCCUUUUCGUCAAUACUACAUAGCCCCAUCUGUGUUGAUGGGUCCCGGCAUUACCAUUGUUAUUCUUGUCGCUUAUAUUUGCCUCGAUGGUAGCGACUAUGAGGUUUCUGCUUUUGCAGUGACAGUCUUUUUCAUUCUGUUACUGUACACAUGCAUACCUCUUCCGUUAAUUGUGGUUGUUAUCGACGGGGGUGUUCACUCAUUGCUUUUAGAGAUUCUUAGUGCUUAUAAAUCUCCAGAAUUUUGCAUAGCUCGUAUCAUUGCUGGAAGACUCUUAUUGCAGAUAUGUAUCCAUAUACUUGGAGUUUACCUGUUUGUCAUCUUGCAAGUAAGGCGUUACAGCCUCUUUCAGAAGAUGCAUCAGGCUACAGUUGACAAGCAUGUCCAGGAGGAGGACAAAAAGAUUAAAGAAAGGAUGAUACAUUCUCUGAUGCCCCCGUCUGUUGCCAGCAACGUAAUUGAUGUUCAAGACACCGAUAGAAAAGAGAUCACAUUCCGUCCCUUUAAUGUGGACAAAAUGGAUGAGGUUAGCAUCCUCUUUGCUGACAUCGUUGGCUUUACGAAAAUGAGUUCUAACAAGACUGCCGAACACUUGGUAACUCUCCUUAGUGACCUUUUCGGUAGGUUUGACAAGCUUUGCGAAGCUCUGGGUUGUGAAAAGAUCAGUACCCUCGGUGACUGUUAUUAUUGUGUGUCGGGUUGCCCAGAGAAAAACAAAGACCAUGCAAAGUGCUGUGUGGAAAUGGGUCUUGGUAUGAUAAAGGCCAUCCAAGAAUUCGACAAAGAAAACGAUGAACAGGUUAACAUGAGAGUCGGUGUCCAUACUGGAACUGUCCUCUGCGGAAUUGUAGGAUCGAAAAGGUUCAAGUUUGAUGUUUGGUCAAACGAUGUUACCCUAGCUAACAUCAUGGAAGCUACAGGACAACCAGGAAGGGUGCAUAUCUCUCAUGCUUCAUACGUUUUUCUUGAAAAUGAAUAUGAAGUGGAAGAAGGCGAAGAUUGUGAAGGUGAGUAA